AUGUUGGUGGUGGUGGUGGUGGUGGUCGAGCUUUUACCUAUGACUCGUAAGUAUCGACUCAACUGCGCCGCCGAUGUGGGUGGUGACCUUGAUGGAACGACGACGACGACAACGACGGCACUACCGCCACCACCACCACCAUCAUCAUCAUCACCACUCAACAAGAAGAACAUCAACGGCUGCCGUCAUCAGAAAGGAAAUGGAAGCGGAGAAUUUUCGGACAGAGAGCACUGA